AUGGCGACUGUUAAAAAAGGGAUCAGAAAGAAUGUGGCACAUUUCAGGUUUUCAAUUGUUUUUUUUUUUGUUUGUUUGCUUUUUGUUUUCAUUCCUAUUUUUUACUUUUUUUUUUCUUCCUUCCUUCCUUUUAGUCUUUUGGGCGUAUUGCCCUAUUACAGUAUUUACUUUGUUUUUCUAUCUUCUUUCAUAUUUCUUUUUACGCUUUCUUUUUUCCCUUUCUGUCUUUAUUUCUUUCUUUCGUUCUUUCUUUCUUUCUCUUUUUCUUUCUUGCUUGCUUGUAUGCUUGGAGAAAAUGAAGAAGAAUUUGACAUUCCACGUUAUUUUCAUAUUUGUUUUGUUUGCUCUUUCUCAUUACUUUCUUUCUUUCUUUCUUUCUUUCUUUCUUUCUUUCUUUCUUUCUUUCUUUCCUACCGUCCCUCCUUCCUUUCAGUCUUUCGGCUUAUUGCCCUGUUACAAUAUUUAUAUUGUUUUUCUCUCUUCCUUCCUUCCUUUUCCUUUCUUUUUCCUCUUUCAUUUCUUUCUUUCUUUCUUUCUUUCUUUCUUUUUUUUUCUUUUUCUUUUUUUCUUUUUACCGUCCCUCCUUCCUUUUCAGUCUCUUUCGGCUUAUUGCCCUGUUACAAUAUUUAUAUUGUUUUUCUCUCUUCCUUCCUUCCUUUUCCUUUCUUUUUCCUCUUUCAUUUCUUUCUUUCUUUCUUGACUUUCUAUAUUUUCCCAUACUUUUUAAUUUUGAUGCAUCAUAUUCUUUCUUUCUUUCUUCCUUUCUUUCAUUCUAUUUUGAUAUAUCCUAUUCUUUCCUGCUUGCUUGCUUAG